UUCGGUUUGGCUUGCUGGUUCACAAGUUCCUGUUUCAAUAUGUGUCUUUUAAUAUUUAACUGGAUGGGUUUUAUAUUGGAUUUGUUUUAAUGCUGUGUGGGAUCCCUUGUGGAUGAAGGGUACUUUAUACAUUUCGGAAGUAAAUAAAUCCAUUCUUAGGCCAACACCUGCACUGUUGCCCAGGUUCCUGUAUGUGAGUCACGAGUGCUUGGAUUCUGUGUCUCAUCACUCAACACUUCUUGUUUGAAAGUUACAGGGAGAAAUUCCAUUUCCAGGCAUAGGUAGAAAUACACAAGGCCCUCAAAUCUGGAGCUUGGCAGACAGAACUAAACCUUACUAUGUGCUAUUAUACUUCCUUGUCCGCCAGCAGAGCGGCAUUAAUGAAAUGGUUCAAAUGUUCCAUAGAAGCCCUGGAUCCUCCUCAGGCACUGUAUGUGGGCUGAUGCUUCACAGUACUACACACCUACUUCCUGCAACCUUAGCAAUUAACUAAUAGGGUAAAUCCCAGUUUCUGAUGUGAUUGAGUCAGCGAGGGCUUGGCACAGAACACACACAAAGGAAUUGCCACCCGCAAAACAUAUGAGUGGCUGAGCGAGAAGGAGAAUCGAGAGCAACUCUGAAGGAAAGGUGCUCUAGGGGAAGAGAGUUGAAAAGAUACGGUGGACUUUUAACAACUGCCAAGGCAAGAAUCCCCUCACACAGGUAUGCUGUGCAUUGCGUUGGAUGGGUUUCUUUCACCGUUGCCCUCUUGGCUGCCUCCCUAUUGCUCCAUCUCACAAAGAAAGAAGCAGACCCUGACUCUGAGAGCCUGAAUUUAGCUCGAGUCCAAGGCCUUGGGACUUCGCUGAGACAUUUGCAACCACCCGCUUUUUCCCGCUUCCCUCGCCAUGGACACUUGGCGGAGAGGAUCCAUCAGGUCCACAGGUUUCUUCAAACGCCUCUCCUUCAGGAGGCACAAGAAGCUGGGCAACCAAGUCAUUGUCUUGAAUCAAAACAGCCAAUCACUAGACACCAAUGGACCGUACAACAAACAGGAGCUCCUAAGAGACUUGAAAGGGAAGUCAGACUACUUAUUAUGUCAGAGUGAGCAAAACCUGGCCACCAAGUCACAGCCACCACCCAAACCACCUCGGCUGUAUCUGGACACCGCCAGCUGCCCCAACAUAAUCAACCACAGAGAUUCUCCCUCUACAGACAUCUCUUUUCCAAGCUCUUCCCGCCACCUCCAUAAAGCCACUCAAACACCAACAAACCUACUUUGCAAGGACCAAGCCAUGGACUGGUGGCCUUCUGAAACCACCUCCUGGCAUGGUAAGUCUCUUCCUGAUCCAUCAGACUCCUUCUUUUCCUUCACACUGGAUCUGGGACCCUCACUCCUUGAUGAUGUUCUGCAGACUCUCAGAAAACAGAAUUUACUACUAAAUUAGUUACUCUUCUAACUUAAAUAGAGGAAUGAAACAUACUGGACUAUGGGCUGUUCCUCACUGGGACACAACCCAAGCUGUGUCUUGUCCUUUCUCACGGAGAGAAGUGGGAAACCCUUUCUCACUGAGCUGCUACACUACUCUAGCGGAUGACUGCAUCGUCUGUUGAAAACUACUAAUACUGCUUCCAUUCAUCUCACUUGUCUAAGAAUUUUCCCACUCUGAUGGAUACCUCAUUCUGAUGGGCAGGCAAGACAGUUGGCUAAUUUGGGCUACAAUGGAACAAAUGUGUAUGUGCAAAAGAGUGAGUGAUUGUGGCAUGCCGCAUAAGGCUCAAUAGGAUAAAGAACACUCGGUUUUGUUUGAAUCGCAUUGCAAACAUCACAAAUACCUAGUAUCCAAAGCCAGAGCUGUAUCUGAGGCUAGUUCAAAAACAGACGACAAGAGCCUUGAACUAUGCAUAAGUGAAAUGGAGACAUUUAAUAUGAAGAUUAUCUUCCUUUAUGUCAGUAUAUAUUUCCCCUCAUUAAUUCUAAUUAAUGGGCAUACAUACUGAAGCUAUUGGAAAGUUGUACCGUCAAGCAAUUGUUGUUUUACUCACUAUUCAUUAUAGGGGAAAGAAACUAUGUAACAAUAGCUUUUACAAUAUGAAUAAGCCAUUGCAAAAUGUGAAAGAGAAUGUAUAUUUUAGUCCUUAUUAAAAGUAUUUACUGUUCUUCA